GCGCUAUUGUUGCUGUCAGACACGGUUGACGUGCGUUGAGCCUUCCUCGUAUCAUCGACACAGCAGUUGUUUUUCCAGGAAACUAGUAGUCCCCUUUUUGACCUACAUGUCUAUACGGAGUUUCCCAGUUUUAUUAACAAGAUGGCGAACAUCGGGGUGUUGUUUUCUUUUCCUUAACCUUGCGUAUGUGACAACAAAUGGCGAAUACUUCGAAUCGAGUUAUCCAAAUAUGUGACAAUAUCGCGAUUUAUCGAAGUAUAUGACACCGACGGAGAUGGCAAAUACGCGAGGACAACAGUGGAGCGGGUUAAUCGAAGACCUGCCACCGUCUAUUCUGGACACCCGUGUUCGUGACUUCCCGAUGUCGGUGAUAGACAAGUUAGGGUUGAUGCUGUAUAACGAUGGGAGAGGGGAGGCGGGCAACUGGGAGGGGCUCGCGGAGGAGUUGGGGGUGACGACGAACGCUGAACUAGAGGAGAUUCGACGGCGGGCCCACGUGGAGCAGAAGUUCCCAGGCUGUCGUCUGCUGUGCGACUGGAUGGCGGGAGACGGUAAAACUGUCUACGUCUUACUGCAGGCCUUGAAGGCCCAGAACAGACAGGACUGUUUGGAGUACCUCAUUCAGAAAUGUUAUGGGCUUCACUCCAUGGACCUGCACGUUAAGAUCGAGUUCGACAUGGGUCGCUACGAGUUCAAAUCCGUGUCAACCGAAAUGAAUGCUAGUCUCGCCUCGAGCCUCGAGAACAUUCUCCAUCACCUUCCCAACUACGUCAUCACCGGACCAGACGCGUCCAUUGGGUGGAACACCCCGGCGCGACAGCUCAAGGGUAAACAGCUUUCGCUGAAGAAAGUUGAAGCGACCGAUGUCACCAGACACACCGUGUACGGCAGACACACACAACACGUCGGCGUGCCCACGUCCACGUCGUACCUGACGUCAAGCCAGGUAGUGGACCUGAACCGACUGGACCAGAGACUCUCAGAACACCGUCUGGACAACCUGAAGGGACACGACCAGACGGCGUGCGAGGUGGUCUUCAACAUCCCCGUGUCAGGCCACACUGUGGUGGACAACACUCACCCAAAGGCAUCAGCUCCUCCAAGCUCUGUUUCCUAUAAUAAUUUAUCAGGAUGCAAACAUGAAAUACCAUCAACCGCUUGUGUAGCAUCAUUCAUUAAUCACACCACACCAAAACAUCCAUUUGUUUCAAACAGUUCUACGACGCCAAUGCACAAAUGUUCAAACAGUCUUACGACACUGAAACCAGUCUUUGCUGAUCCUAGCGUCUCUCCACAAUGGCCAUCUCUUCCGAUGGACGAAUCUUUUCUCGAUCACGUGAAUCAACGCACGCAACAGACCGUGGUGAAAGGAGUAGAAGGACAUCUUGUUACAGGCGAUACGUCGUUAAAACAGCUGGUUUCGAGACCUGCAUACAGCGUGGUGCCGAAACAUAACCCAAUAUGCAUCAAGGAACAUUUUAUGACAAACAAUCCAGUGACUGGACCCAUGUCUGUGCAACAGUUUCUAGCCAAAAACACUACGUAUGCCAAACCAUCAACACAGCUAGGACAACCUCCUCAUCCUGUGAUUUCAUCCAAACCGACUGUCCCAAUGCCAACAGUUGUUACUCAUUCUAAGAUGACUGGCUCAUCUUCCACUAAACCCGCGUGUCACGAUUUCAAUCGUUCAGACUGUUGCAAUGCAAACAGGUGCACAUCAGGUCCGUCUUCUGUUGCUAAUAUCAACCCAGUUCUUGGAUCUCAGUCAACGACGGCCUCGUUGAUGACGUGUGCGACAAAAACCACACCGACCACGGCAUGCACCUUCGCUCAUUCGCCAGCGUACAUUGGUUUGGACCACCCUGUGAUUUCAGUGACUGCCAGACGAUGUGUGCCGCCUUCUGAGGAACAUAAUCCAGGACAGGAUAGAGCUGCACCACCAGCAGGACCAGGUGCUAUGGUCGGUUACCCUCAUCGUGGUCCAGGUUCCAGUGUAUCAUCCUCGCCAGUGUACUAUAAUCUGGUGGAGGAAAACAUCGUGAAAACAAAUCCCAGACCGUGUACGUAUAACAAGCGUCCAGAUGGGUAUGUGGAGUUGAGUGAUGAUCCUCAAAUCACUGGUAUGGAGGUGUCUGAAUCCACGGAUAAAAACUCGGAGAGUGCGAACAAGGUUUCUGAAUGCAUCAUUCAAAAGAGUGCUGAUGGCUACUUCGGUUUUGCUGAUAUCGGUGACAACACUGGUCCUCAGAAAGCAUCUCAAUCCGACCCAUCACGCAGUGCAACCAGUAGCGAUUUAAAUAAUUCGGAAAGUGGGGUAUCAUCCAUGGAGUGUGAAAACGCCGAGGCUGCCUCUGGGUUAGUUAAAUCAGCGUCUGCCCCUCUGAAGAUUUGUGAAUCUUCUGAUGGGUAUUUCGGCUUUGCUGGAAACUCGGAAUCGCCGAUGGAAUCGGAUCACUGCCUGUUUGCUAUGGAGGUAAGCCAGUCUGAUUCUGCCUUAACAAACCGCGACCACGACAGAUGCAUAGGUACUGAUGUGGAGAAUCAUUCCACACAGCAACCUGCUAGCAGUUAUACCAGAGUGCAGUGCGCAUCCCCUUACAGCAACAAAAAGGUCACAUGGCAGUUAACGUACUCCAGCAUAGCCAACGAAAACGACGAAGAGGAGGAUGCGGAUUAUUUGGACAUGAAUGGACAAGCGUUGGCUGUAGCUAGAACACGACAAGGAAACGGUGGAUCCCUCUUUGCCAUGCAUUCCACCGGAUCUCUUGACAGUCAGAUGAUGGAAUCGCAGUACGAGUAUACUUAUAUUAAGUUUGACGAGGAUCACCCAGUAAAACCGAGAUCCAUGUCGCUGCCACAACCAAGUCCCCCUCUUCCCAUGGAAAGGACGAGGUGCAUGUCCUCAUCACCGAUUGCUGGAGGCAGGCCUAAUGCAGUUGAUAACGACAAGAUUCCAGGGUGGUGUCCAGAUGAAAACGAGUCCACGAUAGAAGAAACUAUGAGCAAGUUCAAGAACGAAGAUGGUAACUUUAUCGUGUGGCUCAGGGCAAAACCCAAGAAGUUCGUUAUAUCUGUGAGCCACCUUCGAGAGAUCAGACACUACUGCAUCCACGAAAAGAACAUCAACAACCAGGUACACUACUACAUUUUCAAGUCUGGCAAAGAGUCGCCGGAUCUGAAAGAGCUGAUAAGCCACUACCAGAGAGAGGGGCUCAAGGGCCCAGAUCCAAUGCUGACUGGCAGUAGGGGCAAGAGGUGGCAGCAGUUUUCACACAUCAAGCUGAAAACCCCUCUGAAGGUGAAAAGGGUCACCACUGUUGUGAGAAAAGACAAGUAGAGAGGUCACCAUGACAAAGACAUAUACUUUUUCAGUAUAUAAUUUAUUUGUGUAAAUUAUUUUAUAUUAAACAUAUGUGCUGUUAUAAUAAGAUUGUGGCUAUACGGCAACCCCUGUAAUUGCCCACGGCAAUCAGCAAUUCUCUGCGGCAUUCGGCAAUUCUCCACGACACGUUUUUACCUUGGGACUAUAUUGUAGGUGUUGUUGUUGUUGUUGUUGUUUUUUCAAUGGUAUGUUUUUUCAAUGGCAUGUUUUUUGUCGUGUACAUUUUCUUAAUUGCAGGGUUUGUACAGAUGAUAAGUAAUUGAAUACACAUGUUACUGUAUAUGUUCUGAAGUCUAAUUCACAGAGCUAAUGCAGGCUCUCUUAAAAUACACCGAGUCAUCCUUG